AUGUAUUCUUUAAGUAAAAAAACAGCUUUAAACCAAAUUAAACAAAUAAGGCCAAACAUUUCAUCAUUAAUAAUAGCCAACACAACCCCAUCAUAUAUAUCAAAACGUAAUGUUUCAUCAAAAGAAUUAACUCCACAACAAUUACCAACUGAUUUCCCAUUAAUGUCUGAAAAAACUGCAUCAAGUCCAAUAGAUUAUGCAUUAACAUCAUUAGAUACAAUUGCCAAUUGGGCAAGAAAAUCAUCAUUUUGGCCAGUUACUUUUGGUUUAGCAUGUUGUGCAGUUGAAAUGAUGCAUGUAUCAGCACCAAGAUAUGAUCAAGAUAGAUUAGGUAUUAUUUUCAGAGCAUCUCCACGUCAAUCAGAUAUUAUGAUUGUUGCUGGAACUGUAACUAAUAAAAUGGCACCAGCAUUAAGACAAGUUUAUGAUCAAAUGCCAGAUCCAAAAUGGGUUAUAUCUAUGGGUUCAUGUGCUAAUGGUGGUGGUUAUUAUCAUUAUUCAUAUUCUGUAUUAAGAGGUUGUGAUAGAAUUGUACCUGUUGAUAUUUAUGUACCUGGUUGUCCACCAACUGCUGAAGCUUUAAUGUAUGGUGUUUUCCAAUUACAAAAGAAAAUGAUGCAAACAAGAAUUACUAGGUUAUGGUAUAGAAGUUGA